AUGAUUUACAUCACGUUAUUGUGUUGUAUUCUUAAGAGCAUAGCCAAAGAUUGCUCUUUGCUCCCAAGUGACUAUACGAAGAUAGUUGGAAAGGAAAAUGAAAUAAUCGCUUAGGAUAUAUCGGAGUAUUUUAGUUAAGUUAAAUACGACGACAUCAUCACCUUAACUGACUAAAAUAGCAAGGUUAGUUUGAUACCGCCAAUUUAUUUAAAGGCUACAAAAGAAACGAUUCCUAAUGGUAUAAUAUCAAAUUUUAAUGUUUUAGUGAAUAAAUUGUUAUCUUAAUCAGUGUUGACUACUAAUCAAGGCUAAUGGAUUAAUAAAUUUUAACUACUGGCUAUAAGAAAUGAAAAUGAACAAAUUUUAGCAUGGACAGAGAAAAUUGUUGCAGGUACUUAAUAGAGAUACCCAUCCUUUGAUAAAACAAUUUUACUUGGAAAGACUGAAGAAGUUAUUUGCCAAUCUUCAACUAUUUUAGAUGUAUCUCAUCUACUAGUAGAUUGCUAUUAGGUUAAUGAUUUAGAGCCAUAAACAUAUUUUUAUAUGAUUAGCGAAAAAGAUGAUUAAUAAUUAUCUAAAAUAGAAAAUGUGUAUCCUUAUGAAAAAGAUUAAUAAAGAUACAUUGUAAGCACUCAGAACUACAUAUAUAGAAUUACUUUGAAAACUAAUAAUAAUCCAGCAAUUAUUGAAUUGUUUACUUAUGAUUUAGUCAAUAAGGACAUAAAGCUCCAAAAGACUAUUAACUAAGAGUUAAUACAAAAAUAUGUCAAAAUUACUUAAUAUUCCUUUGAUAUGGUUGAUGCCAAAAUAAGUCCAACUGAUUAAAUAGCUAUUUUAGACAAGACUGGAAAUGUAUUUUUACUCCAAUACUACUCUUCCAAUGAUACUUUCCAAUUUAAUUAAAAGGGAUCCCUCUUAGGAGAAUCUAUUUCGUUUGAUUAUUAAUUUAAGAAUCAAGAAUUUGCAAUAGUAUAAAAACACUUUGUCAUUCAAAGUAAUAGAAAUUAUGUUUCAACAGAUGACUUAUCUAAUUCGAAAAUUCAUUACAGCAAUAAUUUUAUAUUCUUAACUUCCCCCACUCAAAUUAUAUAAUUUGAUAAAAAUUUAUAGUUAAUUCAAAAAGUAUUAGGUGAUUUCAGCAAUGUAAUUACAGAUUAGAUUUAAAAUGACUUCUUAACCUUCACCAAUACAAAUAUUUAAUAUUAUUUAAGUCGCUCUAAACAUCGUAUCUAGUAUCACAAUAAUGAUCAAGGUAUAACUGGAAAUGCAAAACUAAUUCUAAAUGCAUGUUAAGUCACCAUAGAAUAUUAGACAGUUUCAAUGAACUCUGUAGAUUUGGUACUAGUAUCAAAGGGAAAUAUUCAAGAUUCUCCAUUUUAUACAGAACGAAUAUUUUUCAAUGAUUACGCUAUUCGUCCUAGAUAAUUAGUUUCUGGCCCUAAAAAAUAAGUCAGUUUUCAAAAGAAAACGAAAGAAAAUGUCCUUGGAGGUGGAAAUCUUACAUAUAUUGCAGUUACAGGAGAUAUUUCAGAAAAGUAUACGAAUAAGAAUUUGAGUUUAACCGACUUAAUCUUCCUUUAAACUAUUUCUAUGGCAUAAUCUUUUGAUUAACCCUUUUCAAUAAUCACUUAGAAUAAGCAAAAAGAAUUGACUAUAUAUUUUUGCUAGAAUCUUUAGGCUGAGAUAUGUUAAUAGUAAUAUAAGACUAAGCUGGAUUUUGAAAUUACUAAGGAAAAUACUGUUAUCCAAUUUUAGAAUUAUUAAUUUACAUUCAUCACUAUUUUAAAUCAGAAAACAUUGUUCCAUUAUAAAUUUUUGUCUAACAAUUAUAUCAACAAAACUAUUACACUUAAAGAUGAUGACUAAAUCAAAUCUGUAGAUAGCAUCUAUUUGAGUUAUUAAUAUUUACUAAUAUUUUCAAAAGCAGCAAAUGCUAUUGGAGUGUAUAAUUAUUAGAUUUUUGAUUUUCUUUACAUUAUAAACUCUGAAAAAUUGAGUCAAUUAGGAUUUGUCAAUUGGGAUCCUUAAAAAUUGUUUUCAACUGAUUUCAGCUAACUUUUGUUUGUCGUUAAUGGGUAAUAAUAGAAUCAACUUCUGAUCUUGAAUUUAACUAGAACAGAUUUCUCUUUUGGAUAUUAAAUGGCCAUUUCAUAAUCUUAAGAUAUUCGUGUUAUUAAUUUUUAUGAGAGAUUCGCUAUACUUUAAUAGUAAGCUUAAGGAAAAUUUACAUUCUAAAUUUACAAUAGAUAAGAUCCUACAAAUAUUUAUCUUGAGAAAACUCCUACUUUUUAUAACUAUUAGAUUGAAAGUAUUGAAUCCUUCUUUUGGGUGCCAUACAAUAAUUUGUUGCAUGUCAAAGCAAAAUCAGAAUUCAAAUCUGUUAUCUUAUCUUAUUUUGUUGAGUUGACUGAUCACAAUUCAUUAUAUUGUGUACAAGAUUGGGACCCAGCCAAUCAAUUUGUGACGGCAACUCAGGACAAUGUAUUCUAAUUUAAUAAAGAAAAUGUUUGGAUAUAUUACAUAUAAAAAUACCCUUAAUUGUAAUAUUCAGUUAGUUUUGAUGACAAUACAUUUAUUUAAGAUUAAGACUAUAAUAUAGUUUACUCAAAUGAAUAACUGUUAUUGGUUAAUAGAAAGUUCAGAUUGGUUAACAACCAACUUAGUUUGAAAAUUAAGAAGGAUAAAUUAAACAUAACAACUAAUUUAACAUCCAACUAGUAACACAAUUAUAUUCAAGAUAUGGGCACUGAUUGGUUUUCAGGUGAAGUCACCAAAUUUGAACUGAUGAUACCUCAACUCAAAGACCGAAAAGCAGAAAUAAUAAAUCCUAUUGAAAUUGUAAAACCGUAUUAUCAUAAUUAUACUAUGAAUGUUGUUGAUUUCAGUACAAACUAUAUUUUUGCUCUUAACCAUGACUCCUAUGUUCUAAUUAGUAAAAAGACAAAUGAAGUUGUUUUCACUGAAAAUAUAACCGCAGAUUAUAUAUGUCAGGAUAUCUUAGCAAGUUAUGAUUCUUAAGUCUUGAUUUAAUGUGUUAAGGAUAAAUUGUAGUAUGUUGGUGGAAUAUAAUGUGAAAAUACUAAUUGCAAAAUAAGUAGUUCUUGGCUAUAAAUAAGUGAUAAUAUCUUUUCAGGAUAUAUAGAUACUGAAAAUAUGUUCAUUAUUUUAAAAAAGGAGAUUUUGGCAUACUCUAAAAAUAUUCAAGAUUUAUCCAAAGCUUAAAAUUACGGUAAAAUAAGUGUUGCUGAUUUGUAUAAUUCCUAGUAUGGAUUAACUAUUUAAAAAAUUAAGAAUAAUCACUAUCACGUGUAUUACACUGA